CCGCAACCAUGGUACAACACAACAUAGUAAACUCCGUAGCAAACAACAACAAAAGCAACAACAGCUUGAAAUAUUGAGCAAGAAGAUUUCAUUUUGGUCAUGGCCAUUCAUUAAAUUGUUCUAUCCUAGAUAUCACACAAACUAUGUAACCGAGGGGGUUAUCCUGAAAACGUAAGGAAAUGCAACAAGAACUUUUAAAACAUCCUCCGUGAAAAGCAAAAGAAAAACAAACACCCAGACAAUACCGGUCAAGGUUGGACAAAGAUACACCUACGCAUGCACUUAGAAGGUAACCUUAGUUCCCUUGUACUCGGGGAUAGAGCCCUUGCCCUUGUUGAAGCCACCGGCACCACCACCGCGACCGCCGAAGCCGCCACGGCCACCGCGACCACCACCACGGCCACCGCCGCCACGGCCACCGAAGCCACCGCCGCCGCCGCGGCCACCGAAACCGCCACGGCCACCACCACGGCCACCGCCAUUGUUGUUCUGACGGGGAGUGCUGAAGUCCAGACGGACGGCACGACCCUCAAGCUCGGCACCGUUGAGCUCGUUGUAGGCAGCGCGAGCCUCGUCAACGGAAGAGUACUGAACGUAGCCGAAGCCCUUGGGGCGGCCAGACUCGGGGUCAGUGGGCAGACGGAUGCCGAGAAUGGUACCCUGAGCGCCGAAGAGCUCACCAACGGAGUCCUCGUUAGCGCUGAAGGGAAGGUUACCGAUGAACAGGGUGUCGCUCUCAGGGCUGGCCUGGUCGCCAAAGUUACGGGCACGGUUCUCAGCACGGUCGCGGGGAGCACCCUGGUUGUUGGCGGGACGGCCAGUGGCAUAGUCGAGGUUGAUGGUGCGGCCAUCGAUCUCAGCGCCCUUCUUGGCCUCGAAAGCCUUAGCAGCAUCAGCAGCGUUGGUGAACUCAACGUAACCGAAACUAGGAUACAUGAUUAGCAAAGACCCAGAUACCAAAGGUGGAAUAUAAUGCUUACCCGCGAGAGCGGCCAGUCUCACGCUCAGUCAUGAUGCGGCAGCCAGAGAGCUCACCGAAGCCCUCGAACUCGCGCUGGAGCCACUCCUCAUCGACGUUCCAGGACAGGUUGCCGACGAAAAGGUUGGCGG